CUCAGGCAAGGACAAUGGUGAUGCCAGUGUGUACGAAAUGAUGUGCACUGCAGGGACUCCUUCCACCAAACAUGAAGAGAGAGAGCAACAAGGAAGGGAUGAAGAGGGGGAGGAGGAGGAUAUCUAUGCACCACUGAGGGUGAAUGAUGAAUAUGACACCAUCCUGAACUCAACAAAAGCAGUGGUUAUUGCUAAUCGGCCGCCAGCACCCACACCACGGCCUGAGAUCACCCAAGGGAUGGAGAGCGGAACCCCUUACAUCACCCAAGUGUUCCAGAAGAAGAAGACACCACAGCACAAUGCUGAUCUGUAUUCACUUCCCACUAAACAAGCACACGGGCGAGAAAACAUCUCUUGCACCUAUGAAACCUUUGUGCCAAACCAGAUAAACGGGCUCCAGCAGCUCAUUGAGCUCCAGCAGAGGGUGAAGGCAGGUUCACUCACUGUGGACGGGGCCCUGGAGCGCUUCAGUGACUGGCAGCGGGUUCAGAAGGGCAUGGAUGGCGUCCAGCAGGAAAAGUUGAGUCAGCUCAGAGCCAGUAUCGUCAACAACAGAGAGGAUGAUGACUGUGUCUAUGAUAAAAUCAACAUCGUUCAUCACACGCCAAGUGUUGCAGUGAGUGAAAGUCGAAGAGGAAGCAAAGCAGUGGAGUCUGAUUUUUACAGCAAGCCAUUUAAAGGACAUCAUUCAGGUUUCUUCUCCAAAGCUGACAAACGGUGAAGGCUCCAUGAAUCUACAAAGACUCUAUUCUUCCACCAAUUAUAUCCGGUUUAAUCUGUUUGAAUACAUGGUCUGUCAUUUUUUUGUAUUAUUAACAAAGUUUUGUAUGUCAAAGUAAUAAGAAGUGAAAUUACUGAUUUUUUUAAAUGUAUAUCCUACUGCUUG